AUGGACGACUUCCUCAAGGGUAUCCACGACGCGCACAAGGAGCGCAACGAGCAUUUCAAGAUCAGACUCCAGAGGUCGUUCAUCAAUGCAGCAUGCAGAACCGGAYACGAGCACAACACAGAGAUCGAGCGGAAGCAGUGGAAAUCAAUGCAGCCACUCCCGUAUCGCCCUGCCCGCGAUACAUCCUUCAAGGAGCAAGCUACCCCAUCUGCCCACAUGGAUCCAGACCCGAUAGCUUGCGCCCGCUUUUACAUCUUCCGCUUUGGUAGCAUGACCGUGCGCCAUCAGUGGGAUGGUGUCGACCUCAACUUUGACAAGGAGCAUUUUCGCAACGAGAAGACCAUGGUGGCUAGGGUCGAGCGUAGGGCAAGCAUGACCUACCGCAAAUUCAUAUUCGAGUUUGUGGCGAGAACCAUCCUCCGCACUGGCGGCCUCUCACAUUGGCGGAACGUUUCACGAUUCCAAGAUCGGCAUGCUUGCUUUGAGGCUGGAUAUGAUGAGCUGCCGGAGUACUGUGAUGCUCAAUCAUACGAGGAGGAAGGGGCGAGCGUCAACUUCGAAAACCUCCACAGUGGCGGUGAAGACUACAUGCGGUGUCAGUUUCGAGAAUUCACAAAGUUGCGGUUCAUGCGGAACUGUGAGCAACGUACCAGUUCCUGUUCAACGGGCCAGGUGGUCAGCCCAGCCUAUGGGCUACUCGAAUGA